UUGUUUUCCAGGUUUUGUUCGGCCCCCCUUCUGGAUUAUUUUUUGACCACUCCGAACAGCGAAGGUAGCAUGGGCAGCAAGAGCGCACAAAAGAAGAAGGAUGACGUCACGGAGUCUCGCGAGAACGUGCUGUGCAUGAUCAUCAGGUUCUUGUUUGAUUCAGUUGUAGGGAUGAUCAAACUUGUGCUGGUGGCUGGCUCUUGCCUCUGGGCCUACCGAGUCCGACUUGGGGGUGUUCCUGUGUUUGGUUACAUGAUCCAUGGUUUCGACCCUACCUUCAACUUCACAGCAGCGCGCUACUUGGCCAAAAAGGGAUGGUAUGAGUUUUUCAGGUGGUACGACUACAUGAGCUGGUAUCCUCUCGGGCGACCUGUUGGUACGACGAUCUAUCCAGGCAUGCAGAUCUUCAGCGUCUGGGUUUGGGAGGCGUUCCAGAACAUGCCCAAGGGCUCGUACAAGAUUCCGAAGGAGAUCUUAGCCUACUUGCCCAGUGGUGCGGCUAAGUGGCUACCAGGGCAUGGCAUGUUGGAAUGGGGGCGCGCGGGCAAGUAUGCGCCUGAGAUGACUCUGAAUAAUGUCUGCGUCAUGACAGGCCCCUGGCUCAGUGCUGUGGCCACUCUAUUCUUGGCUAUGACGGCGGCAGAAUGCUCGGAGAGCACUGGAGUUGGAGUAGUGGCUGCUUUCGUUUUCGCUGGGAUACCGGCCCAUCUCAUGCGCUCCAUGGCCGGGGAGUUUGACAACGAGGCUCACGCGAUGGCCUGGUUUUGCGCCACGUUCUAUUUCUGGUGCCGCUCUGUGCGCACGCACCGCUCGUGGCCAUGGGCCGUCUUCGCGGGAGCCUUCUACACGUUCUCCGUUGCCACCUGGGGAGGCUACAUUUUCGUCAACAACCUGAUCGGCCUCCACGCCGCCGUGAUCGUGGCGCUGGGCGGGUACAACUCUGGAGUCUACCGGGCGUACACCCUGUGGUGCUCGGAGGAGGGCCAGUUGAGCCAACGGCGGCUCUCCCGCCCAGGCCAAAUCCGGGCUCAGUGUUCCUUAAUUGCUGUGCGGUUUGUGUUAGGUUUUCCUUAG